UUUCGAUUUCGUUCAUUACUUCAUUCAUUGAAAGGUGUUUACUACAUAGCAUUGUGCGUGUAGUAUAUUAUUAAUUAUCAAUUUCAAAAUGAAUUUAAUUUAAAUGAUAUUCUUAAAAGUAGAUAUAGAUUUAAAAUAGUCCAAUUCAAGUAUAACUUGUAACGAGGCAAGAUAUUGACACAUUAGUGAUAACAUCUGCUUAUUAUAUUGAGGUGUUCUAAACACAGUGACUGUGUAUUUAUUAUCGCUAAACAUUGGAUGGAAUUAAUUAAAUUGUAUCAAUUAAAAUGGCAUUUUAUGCUUGUAAUAGAUACAGAUUAAUAGUUUUGUUACUUUUGGUUUUGAUUAUGUGGCAGUUCUUCAGACUUUUGCCUGAUAAACCUGUUACACAAAUUUCGGAGGCUGGCAUAGUGGAGUUGGAGGAUGACAAAUACAAUAAGCAUAAACAAGACAAAGUAAAAGUGAGGGUUUACUAUGAAGCUCUCUGCCCUGACUCUAAACAUUUCUUUGUGAGACAUUUGGGCCCAGUGACUGAGAAACUGUCCGAAUUCUUAGAUGUAACCCUAGUACCCUAUGGCAAAGCUACUACCAAAGAAGAGAAUGGAAAGUACUAUUUUCAAUGUCAGCAUGGUGAAGAGGAGUGUUAUGCAAAUAGGAUCCAUGCUUGUGCAAUAGAGGCUGUGGCUAACAUGACAACUUCUGUCAAGAUUACAGAAUGCAUGAUCUCUGAUAAUAUGGACGCUGAUGGUGCUCUUGCUAGGUGUGCAAAGGAAAUGAAGAUUGAACCUGACCCAAUCAGCUACUGUGCAAAGAAUGACCAUGGAUCAGCUCUUUUGAAGAAACAUGGGGAUGAUACACAUAUACUGAAACCAACAUUUAUACCAACAAUAACACUCAAUGGAUCAAGAGACAACCAACCAAAUAUAUUGAAAAAUUUCCUAUUAGAAGUAUGCAAAUUGAUUGAUAUGCCUUUACCACCUCCAUGUUUGUGACAAAAUAAAUAUUAUCGGCCAAACAUGCACAAUAUUCUACAACACUUUGAAUAAAAAAAACAUUUUGUCAAUUAAAGCUCAAACGCAAAUUGCUCAUAUUACUUCAUGCGAUUUUUAAUUCUCGACCUUGCAGUUCUGUGCGGUGUAACUAAUAUACAAUUAUGCUUAAAUUAGUCACUCCUUUGUUUUUAAUUUGUUUUGUAUUUGUCGUAUUCUGAAUGAAGCAAUUGCUGUAUUUUCUAAGUAAUACUCUCUAAUCAACUAGGUAUUUUAUGGAUAAAAACUUUACAAUGGGUGUAUUUUGGGAACUAAAAAAGGCUAUUAAAGUAUUAAAUUUUUUAAAAAUAUGUAAGGAAAAGUUGGUGAUAUGUUUUAAAUAUAUUUUUUGUUUGGUUUGUAAUUAUCUAUGUUAAGUAAGCUUUAAUGGGUUGUGUUUCCUAAACCUAGUGAGUCAAUGAACAAGUUAAUAUUAAUUUAAGCAUUUAAAAUGUUUUAAUUCAGGUUGUUACUGCAUUUAGUGAUAACUAUAUCAAGCUGUUGUAUUUUUGUACCUUUUUAUUUACUUAUUUUUCUACUUAUACUUUAUGAGUUAGUCAGUUGGUAGAGUCUUGAUAAUAAACCAAUAACUAUAUUAAUAAUUAAUUACCUAUUAUGUAAACUUGUGAAAAUGAUCUUUGAUGCAUUAGGAUUAAGGAUGUAGGCUCACACUUACUUUAAAAUGUAUAUUCACAAUGCAAAUGCUGGCAAUUUAUAAUGGUUUUUACAAAGUUGCAAUGAUAAUUUAAUUUGUAAUCAACUAAUUAGUAUUGUCUUUAGUAUCCCUAAACGUAGUGUGAAGCUAAUUAAUUUGUAGUAAAUAUUAUAUUAUCAAUAUCAUAGGUUAUGUAAACAUGGUUUGUAUAUCGCAACAUGAAACAUUUAAACAUGUUUAUUGAUAAAUCCACGUCAUAUCUGCAUAGUUAGUUGGUUAAAUUACUGAAUAUUUUUUCUACAUGCAUAUAAUAAUCUUUAGCAUUUACUAGGUACAAAAGCAACACAAAUAAUAAAUCUUCCUUUGUAUUUAUUUUAACUUUUAGAACCGAAACUAAAAUUCCUAAAUUAUUGUUUAAAUGUUUGGUAUCUCAAUGUCGAAAAGACUAAGUAGAGGGAAGUGUUAAAAUUUUAUGUAAAUUACAGUUGUGUCUAUAUUAUUUAUUAUACGAUGGACAUAUCCGUGGGUGUCAAAAUAAGUUAUGAGGCUAAUGUGUAUAAUAAUUAUUUCCCCAGUUGACUUAACAAUUGUAUAAACUUGAAGAACAUACUUUGUGAAACGUAAUGUAUUAUACAUAUAUGAGAAAAUUAAAUAAUAAAGUUGUGUUUUCCAUCCAAGAAUAAUGGCCGGAAACAGUUUUUAUUUUUUUAUUGUUUUUCUAUUUUUUCCAACUCGCAUCGAAAUUUUGCCAAAUGUAAGUAUAUAAUUAUGUAUUAACAUUUUUGCACAAUAUUGUCAGUAAUAAAGUAGGAGGUA